AUGUCGGAUUCUCUGUAUGAGAAAUUUCUGGCACCAGAGGAGCCUUUCCCCCUCCUCUCCCAAAGAGCCAACCUCAGUGAUGUGGGAACCCUUGAUGUCAGUGAUUUCAGCUGUCAGCUUUCAUCCUGUCACAGGACGGACCCCCUGCGCCGCUUCCACGGCAACAGGUGGAACCUCACUUCUUGCGGCACGAGUGUGGCCAGCUCCGAAUGCAGCGAGGAACUCUUUUCGUCUGUGUCCGUGGGCGACCAGGAUGACUGCUACUCUCUCCUUGAUGACCAAGAGCUGACAUCUUUGGACUUGUUUCCCGAGGGAAGCGUUUGCAGUGAUGUUUCCUCUUCCAUCAGCACCUACUGGGAUUGGUCUGACAGCGAGUUUGAGUGGCAGUUGCCAGGAAGUGACAUCACUAGCAACAGCGAUGUCCUGUCCGACAUCAUUCCGAGUGUCCCAAAUUCACCUUGUUUGGUUCCCAAGAGGAAGCCUAAACCCCACCCUCACCGCAACCUGGAUGAGCUGCCAUGGAGCGCCAUGACCAAUGAUGAACAAGUGGAGUACAUCGAAUACCUGAGUCGUAAAGUCAGCACAGAGAUGGGCCUGCGAGAGCAACUUGACAUCAUUAAGAUCAUCGAUCCCUGUGCUCAAAUCUCCCCCACGGAUAGCGAGUUCAUCAUCGAGCUCAACUGUCUCACUGAUGAGAAACUCAAGCAGGUACGGAACUACAUCAGAGAGCACGGGCCGAGGCAGAGGGCCAGCAGCACAAGGGAGGGUUGGAAGAGAAGCAGCCACAGCAGCGCCAGCACAGGCGGCAUCAGCGGGGCUAGCAGCAGCAACGCCAGCAUGGUCAGUUCAGCCAGCUCCUCGACCAGCUCCACGGCCUCCAACUCUGUCGCAGGUGGAACAGCUUCAGCUUGCAGUGGAAGCAGCGUGGCUAACAUCAGCAGAGCCCACAGCGAUGGCAAUCUUUCCAGUGCUGCAGAACGCAUCAGAGAUUCUAAAAAACGUUCCAAGCAACGCAAGCUCCAGCAGAAAGCCCUACGCAAACGUCAACUAAAGGAGCAGCGUCAGGCCCGCAAGGAGCGUCUGAGCGGCCUGUUCCUCAACGAGGAAGUGCUGUCGCUGCGGGUGACCGAGGAAGACGACCACGGCGAUGACCUGGAUGUACUCAUGUGA